UCCGGGUUGAUUAAUACAGAAGGGAGAACGUGAGUAGGUUAGGGUACCGUUUCAGGGGUUUUGCGUUUCUUUUCGUCCUGCACCCACUGGGGUCGGGUCGAUUCGACUUCCCGGACAGGGAGAGGCCGCGGUGCCCCGAAGGACUGCCUCUCAAGAGGACUGUCAUUUCCGUCGGCCCGACCAGAAAGGGGAGCUCGACCCCAGCGCCCCUCUCCCGUUCCCGCAGGCUUUCAUCCCCGCCAUGGCCGAGCUGAUCCAGAAGAAGCUGCAGGGAGAAGUGGAGAAGUAUCAACAGCUACAGAAGGACUUGAGUAAAUCCAUGUCAGGGAGGCAGAAGCUUGAAGCCCAACUAACGGAAAACAACAUCGUGAAGGAGGAACUGGCUCUGCUGGACGGGUCCAACGUGGUCUUUAAACUGCUGGGGCCGGUGCUGGUUAAGCAGGAGCUGGGGGAGGCGCGGGCCACGGUGGGGAAGAGGCUGGACUACAUCACAGCUGAAAUUAAGCGAUACGAAUCCCAGCUCCGGGAUCUGGAACGGCAGUCAGAGCAGCAGAGGGAGACCCUGGCCCAGCUGCAGCAGGAGUUCCAGCGGGCCCAGGCGGCCAAGGCAGGGGCUCCCGGGAAGGCCUGACCUCGGGGCGGGGCGGGGUGGGAUGGGCCACUCUAAGUACCUAAUAAAAUGUAAACACCUGG